CAGAAUCUGGCAACCUUAUAGCUCAUACAGACUACAACUAUAAACAAGCGGAGCACCCUCACUGGAUAGCUAUCGCUAAGCUAAUCAACUUUCUUUCUCAGUCACAGUUCAUCAGGGUCAGUCUGUCCAUUUGAGAUCCCCCCAGAAUCAGAAGGAUGACAAUGACCUGACCAAUGGACCACUGCAGUGUCUGCUCAGUCAGAGGGUCACGUUUGGUGGUAGAUCAUGAAUGACAAACUAGUCUUUUUGGGCCUGCUGUACUUUGUCCAGGGCAUCCCCUAUGGUCUCCAGUCUUCACUGCUACCUGUCUACCUGCGUGGAGCUGGUCACUCCCUCACCCGUAUUGGCUUCACCAAGAUCCUUUACUUCCCCUGGGUACUCAAGGUACUCUGGGCUCCUUUGGUGGACCGGCUUGCCACCAAGCGUCACUGGCUGGUGGGGACGGUGUCUGGGCUGGCUCUGACAUGCCUCUCCAGUGCUGCCUUGGCCCCAGAGGCACACAUCUGGGGAGUAGCAGGAACCCUGUUGGCCAUGAACACCUUGGCCUCUGUCCAGGAUAUUGCUGUAGACGGGGCAGCAGUGGGGUUGUUGAAAGGUCGUGGGGAGCUGGGGCUGGGCAACACAGCCCAGGUCGUGGGAUACAAAGCUGGGUCGGUCUUCGCUGGAGGUGGUCUGCUGGCGGUGAUUGACGUUGCUGGAUGGAGCUGGAUGUUUAUGCUGCUGACGUUUGUGUAUGCAGGCGUGGCUCUGUUUGUGUGGGGGGCCCCUGUGCUGGAUGAUGAGACUGUGAGGGGCCAGCAGGCAGAUGGCAGCAGGAGGGGGGGACAGGGAGCAGAUGCUGUAAGACCAUGGAAGGUGUGGAGGAAGCUGCUGGCCGUGCCCGGCACACCAUGGACAGUCCUGUAUGUCCUGACGUACAAACUGGGUGAACAGGGUGCAGUGACCAUGUUUCCUCUUUUCCUGUUGGAUCACCACAUGACCGCCAGGGAGCUCGGCUUCUGGAACGGCGUCAUCGCCAUGGGCUUCUCCAUCUGCGGGUCAUCCCUGGGAGGCCUGCUGCUCGCUCAGUUCAGCAUUGGGGCUCUGAUGCGACGUGUGUUUGUCUUGCGAACCAUCAGCAUGGUCUUCCAGAGCUCUCUACUCACUGUACUGGAACCAUCACCACUCAUGAAAGGUAUGGCUGUCCUGAGCAUGAGUGUUCAACACUUCCUGGGCGGUCUCAUCACCACACUCACCUUCACCACCAUGAUGCAUUGCACUCAGAGGGCCGAGGAAAGCAUUCAGGCGACCCACUACAGUUUCCUGGCGACUCUGGAGGUGCUGGGGAAGCUGAUGUUCAGCGCUCUGGCCGGAGGCGUGGUGGAUUGGUUUGGUUUCCAAGUUGCCUUCCUCUUCUUCCUGACCCUCUCCGCCGGGACGGCCCUGCAUGUGUGGACGGCUACUUUCACUGGUGCUCUCAGGGAACACCAGCUCAAAGAACAGCCCAAAUGAGAUCGGGAUCAGGGUGAACAGUCCUGAUACUUGGGUGUCUGUAGGUGCUGAAAAAGUGUUAAAAUAUUUUGAGCUUGACAACCAGUAUACAGACACCUCAAAAGUCUCUGAAUCCCAUUAAAUAUAACACCCAUUACUUCAGCAAAUCAUUUCAGUAUAAAAGAUCUUGAAUAAGUUUACUUUUUUGUUCUGCCAUUUUUAAGGAGAAAUCAGCCAUGUGUUAAGUACUCUAUUACAGAGUGUUUUUUAUUUUUAAUUUUUUCCAAAUCUCACUGGCAAACCUGGCCUUAAAUAUUAUUUGUGUUGCAUUUAAAAUGUCUGGAAAAGUCUUAAUAUAUACAGUAGCAUGAUGAAAGUAGCAAAUACUGAUGUAGGUAAGGAUUGGCAUGUUGAGUAUAUUAGUAGUAGUAGAGUUUUUUGGGCAGGAUGGGAUUGGUUCAUCCAGUCAGUGUGAUGAGCUGAUGGGGUUUAGUGUGCUGGGCAGUGAUGUACAGUCAUAUUGUCCUGAGAGAUGAAAAGAACUUUGGGGAAUAUAAUCAAGGCUGUUUUUAUCAUCUGAGCCAUUUUAAUGUUUUAAUAAGCCAGCAAUAAGAGCUGUAGCCAAAAGCAAUAUUGCUACUUUGUGAUGCUUGUUCUAUCAUAUUGUACUGUAUAUGAAGUUAGUCAUUCUCCUGAGUUGUAUGGUUUACAGUUCUAAAUGAAUGCAUCUCUACUACCUCGUAUCAGCACUGUAUGGUAAGAUGCACGGGAGGCGAAUGUACAGUAGCUGCUCCAAGUAGAGUAUACACUCAUUCAUGAUGAAUAGUUUCAGCACAUACACUAUGUUACCUAAACUACAACAGUUAGCCAACUGGGGCUGUUUCACUUAAGAAAGGGAGGUUCAGCUGUUGAAUGAGGAGCAUUAUUCUGUUUAAUUAACCACAGAUUCUCAGAGUAAAAUCCCAGUAACACUUUAUUUUACAGGUCCCUUAUUUUCCAGCUAAUUUACUGAUAUUUAGCUGUAAGUCACUAUGAUAUUUCAAAGAAAGGCUAACACAAUUUGGUACUAAUUAAAAGGGAAAUUGAGAACGUGUUAGUAGCUAUAGUAUUUGAUUUUUUAAGAAAAAUGGUUUCCAGGAAAUUAGCUGGAUAAUCCUUGACCUGUAAAAUAAAGCAAACUCCUUAACCAUUUGGAGCUAAAUAGUUCAACCCUGACAGUCAGUUUACUUACUUUAGGAAACCUUGGCCUUACAUGCUGCAUGGUGCCAUCCUGUUUCAGUUUUUCAAUCAAAAGAAUCAGACUCAUUAAUGAAAACUUGAAAGACCAAUACCACUGGUAAAUUGCGGUUGCUGAAAAAAUUGUUUGACCUAUUGUAUUUUAUGUUAAGAAAUGUCUAAAAUGUGUACUCUAAAAUACACUAUAAUGCUCCACUGUACUGUAUACUACAGAGGAUAAUUUUCUCAAUGCAUAAAAUAUGAAUGAAACAGCAGCAUAGAAUGUUUUUUUUUUUUUUCACCAAGCGCUGGGAAAAUAAAAUCCUCCAUGCAGGUGAAUGUAUUAAUAGAAAUUAAGUCUUAAAAUUGAUAAUUGUUCUGACAGUAGACAGGCAGGUAGGGAAAGGAUGGGUUGGUUUAGAUAAAGGCAGUAAUCUCAGCAAAUUUAGCGAACAGCUGGUCACCUGCUUUCACCCACAUAAUAAAUAAAAAUAGGCCAUACCAUGUCAUUAAUGGUUUAUCAACUUGUUGCAAAGCACAUCUCUUGUCUCUCAGCUACUGUGUUGCCUGAGAUUUGCACAAAAAUAAAGCUGCUGAGUGAA